AAAAUGCUUUUAAAGUUUAUAGCACCACUACUAGUACCCACUACUCAUAUGGUCAAAACAUUAGUAUUGCUAAAAAACUAGUGCUGAUUUCUGAGAAUAGUGACCUUCGCUAUCAAGGAUGUUUUCAAGAUGGUCCUUCUUGUCGUACCUUAAAUGGUAUACCACCUCAAGUGAGAAAUUCCAUGAAAAUCGAUGACUGCAUAAAUUUUUGCAAUCAAAAUAAUUUUAAAUAUGCUGGCCUGGAAGACGGAUAUCAAUGUUUUUGCGGUAAUGAUUACACUGUAAAUGGUCAAGCAAGUGGUGCACCUGACGAGCAAUGUAGUACUAGUUGUGUGGGUAAUAGCUCUCAGAUUUGUGGCGGCCCUUUUGCUCUUAGCAUAUAUAAAGUUCCCAACAAAGUUCAAAAUUCUGCUUCAAAAAUUGUAGGUGGUGUUGUAGGAGGUGUCUUAGGAGGUGUCGUAGCGUUAGUUUUGUUCGCGUGCGGUACCAGUGUCAGUGCUG